AUGGCGGGCAUGUUUCUUGGUUCCGAUCCGACUAUUCUUCAGACCUUUUACGAGCCGCUGGGCGUCUGCGUCACAAUAACUCCUUUCAGUUUCCCGUUCAUGACUCCUCUUUGGUCAAUCCCGUACGCACUUGCCACGGGAAACACAGUGGUCCUCAAGCCCUCCGAGAAAGCCCCUUCUGUGGCAUGUCUUUUGAGCGAAGCGGUACUCCGUGCCGGCUUCCCCCCUGGAGCUUUCAACCUGGUCCACGGAGACCACUCGGUUGUCCAGAUGCUCAUCCUACAACCUUUGGUACAAGCUGUCAGUUUCGUUGGUUCGGAGUCGGCAGCAAAACAAGUUCACGAUAUUUCGCGUAAAGCGGGAAAACGGAUCCAGGCUGAAUGUGGCGGGAAAAAUCAUGGUGUCGUUUUGGACGAUGCGAGGCAGCGAUGCAUGUCUCUGAGUGUUGCUGUGUUUGUUGGUGACACUCGAGGAUGGAUACCGAAGCUAGUGGAAAUAGCAGAAUCCAUGAUCGUGGGAUACAGUGGGGACGAAGAAACGAAAAUCGGCCCUCUCAUCGAUCUGUCAGCGAAGAAAAAAGUGACGGGAUUCAUUGAUCGUGCGGUCGAGGAAGGUGCCACUCUUCUAUGUGAUGGACGUGAUGCUCUGGUCCCUGGUUAUCCUGACGGGAGUUUUGUGGGCCCAACUAUUAUCACGGACGUGGAAACCUAUAUGGAGUGUUACCAAAGCGAGAUCUAUGGCCCUGUCCUUAUCUGCAUGCAGGUCGACACACUCGAAGAAGCUGUUGAUUUAAUCAAUCAAAACAAAUAUGGAAAUGGAUGUUCCUUAUUCACAACCAGCGGAAAGCAUGCCAAGACCUUUCAACGCGCUGUCAACGUGGGACAGAUUGGGAUUAAUAUUCCGUUAAUUGCUCCGUAUGGGCCUGCCGUCAGAACCAGUAACAAAGCCUCAUUCAUGGGAGAUCGACACGUUCCAGGGAAGACGUAUUGGCCCUUUUUCACUACCACUAAAACCGUCUCAGCCCGUUGGGACCAGUAA